AUGAAAUUACAAAGUACCCUGAUCGGCCAUCUGUUUCUGGGCUCAGCCAGUGCCCUGAUGGUACCGACUGAAGCCCACCUCGCCCUACGGAGAGACAACCAUAAUUCUUCGGCGCCAUCAAACCAGUCAUCCAUCCAAUGGGCAGAGUGUGAUUUGGAUUUUGGGGAGGCUGGCAACGCUGUUUUUGACGCUAUGGCGGAGAAAUUUCAGUGCGCCAAACUCGAGGUUCCAUUGGAUUACACCAGCCUCAGCUCGGGCGAAACCAUCCAGCUUCAAUUGAUUAAGGCCAGCGCAAACAAAGAACCCUACAUGGGGAGUAUGUUGUGGAACCCCGGCGGACCAGGAGGCUCUGGCGUCGAGUCGGUUGCUGCUCUGGGGCUCAAAUUGCGAGAAGGCACUGGCAAAACCAUUCCAUACGUCUGCAACGUGACAGCGGCUGAGACUUCCGUUACCCGACGUGAUUUUGAGACGCUCCCCAAGGGCGAUAUCUGGAACAGCAUCAAGACGGUAGACUGGGAAUCCUGGAAAGUCACAGCCGAUGCCUGCUUCAGAGACUAUGCCAAGUACGGCCGCUUCGUUGGUACGCCUUUCGUGGCUAGAGACAUGAUUUCGAUCGCCGACGCCCUCGGCCAAGGCCCUAAGGUGAACUACUGGGGCGUCUCAUACGGUACCGUUCUCGGGCAAGUCUUCGCCUCCAUGUUCCCUGAUCGCGUUGGACGUCUUGUCUUGGACAGCAACCUCAUCGCCGACGACUAUGCCGAUACCACGUGGAAAACCGGCCAAAGAGACACGGAGCGCGCUUUGCACCACCUCUUUGACGAGUGCGUCGAGGCCGGUCCUGAGGUCUGCGUACUGGCUAACUUCACCGGCGCUGAUACUACCGGGGACAGCCUGAUGAAGGCACUCGAAACCCUUCUCGAGGAGCAGAUCAACGACAAGAAUGACACCGCCAACGAGAAAGACGAUCUCGUGUCCCUCUUCAAGAUAUCCCUGUUGACAGAGCUAUACAAGCCGCUGCAAUACCCUCUAGCCGUCGCAAGAGUCCACGCCGCCUUGACAGGCAACUGGACCCGCGCCAUUGCCUCUGCAGUUAAUGCACUGCCGUCCGAAUGGAACGAAGGCGGCACCUUUGGCGUCUGGGGCAUCGCCUGCGCGGACUCGUCUUUCCGCGUUGAAAACGUCGAUGAUCUGUACUCCAUCUACCGGACCCAUUGGGAGGGCAGUUCUUUCGGCGACGCCAGCGCCAGACUGCGCAUGCCAUGCUCUCGCUGGCGAUUCGAUGCCGCUGAGAAAAUCGACCUCAACGCUUUGAGGAACGUCAGGACUAGCUUCCCAGCCCUCAUCAUCAAUGGGCACUGGGACCCAGUCACCCCUGAGAACACGGCGUGGGAGGUUUCUGCGCGGUUCCGAAAUAGUCGGGCUGUUAUUCAUCAUGGUGUUGGUCAUGGAUAUACCAACCACCCCUCGAGUUGCGUGGACAAUAUCGUUCGUGAAUAUUUCCAGAAUGGCAAGAUGCCUGAGAUCGGGACUACGUGCGAGCCCGAUAUGAGUGCAUUUGAAUACGUCGCUUCACAAGCAAAGAAGGCAGAAGAGAGUGAAUAG